CCGGCGCUCGGGGCCCUCCCUCCUCCCGGCUCUCCGCCGGCGCCCUCCCUCGCCGGGGGCUGCGAGUUGCCUUUGGUAAAACCCAGCCCCGGAAUAUAUAGAUCAUUGGAGCGCAAUGAAGUAGCCUUUGGAGAGGAGGGAGGGGGUCCGUCCGACAGCCACAGCGGCCGCGCAGCGGCACCACCAUCACCGCGCGCACCCCAGCCGCCCGGCCCGCGAGGAGGCAGCGGCGGCCGCGGGCGGGAGCGGAGGCGGCGGCGAGGAGCCGCGGGAGGAGCAGGAGCGCGCCGCCGCGGGGCCACGCAUCUCGGCACUUCCAGAGCAACUCCGGCGCCUUCCACACCCCUGCCCGCGGCUGGGGGCUCCGUGGGGCCAGCCCGAUCCUCCUUCCGAUCCCUGCCCAGCCCUGCGCCUCCCGGGCUCCGCUCCGCGCGCCGGGGUCCCCGCUCCUGCGCCCCGGGCGCGCCUCCCGGACACCCCGGUCCCCGCAGCCAGGACAAAGCCAUGAAGCCGGCGCUGCUGGAAGUGAUGAGGAUGAACAGAAUUUGCCGGAUGGUGCUGGCCACUUGCUUGGGAUCCUUUAUCCUGGUCAUCUUCUAUUUCCAAAGUAUGUUGCACCCAGUCAUGCGGAGGAACCCCUUCGGUGUGGACAUCUGUUGCCGGAAGGGGUCUCGAAGCCCCCUGCAGGAACUCUACAACCCGACCCAGCUGGAGCUCUCGAGCACCGCCGUCCUGCACCAGACGCGGCGGGACCAGGUCACAGACACGUGCCGCGCCAACAGCGCCGUGAGCCGCAAGCGGCGGGUGCUGACCCCCAACGACCUGAAGCACCUGGUGGUGGACGAGGACCACGAGCUCAUCUACUGCUACGUGCCCAAGGUGGCCUGCACCAACUGGAAGCGGCUCAUGAUGGUCCUGACGGGGCGGGGCAAGUACAGCGACCCCAUGGAGAUCCCGGCCAACGAGGCGCACGUCUCGGCCAAUCUCAAGACCCUGAACCAGUACAGCAUCCCAGAGAUCAACCACCGCUUGAAAAGCUACAUGAAGUUCCUGUUUGUCCGGGAGCCCUUCGAGAGGCUGGUGUCCGCCUACCGCAACAAGUUCACCCAGAAGUACAACACCUCUUUCCACAAGCGCUACGGCACCAAGAUCAUCAAGCGCCAGCGCAAGAACGCCACCCAGGAGGCGCUGCGCAAGGGCGACGACGUCAAGUUCGAGGAGUUCGUGGCCUAUCUCAUCGACCCGCACACGCAGCGCGAGGAGCCCUUCAACGAACACUGGCAAACCGUCUACUCCCUCUGCCACCCGUGCCACAUCCACUACGACCUCGUGGGCAAGUACGAGACGCUGGAGGAGGACUCCAAUUACGUCCUGCAGCUGGCGGGCGUGGGCAGCUACCUGAAGUUCCCCACCUACGCCAAGUCUACGAGAACUACUGACGAAAUGACCACAGAGUUCUUCCAGAACAUCAGCUCGGAGCACCAAACGCAGCUGUACGAAGUGUACAAACUCGAUUUUUUAAUGUUCAAUUACUCAGUGCCGAGCUACCUGAAAUUGGAAUAAAGGGAGGGGUGGGGAGGGGGGAGUGGGGAGAGGGAGAGAGAAUCAUGCUUUUUAAUUUAAGAUUUUUAUUUGUCGAAAAGAAUUAUAUGGAUAUUGGGUUAUUUUGUAAAUUAAUAUUUCUUUGAGGAUGAUGCUGCGAGCAGCAUAGGGGGAAUUAUUUAAAAUCCUGAGUCAGGAAGGACGGCUGUCUCUGCAGGGGAAUAGACGUGAAUACUGCAACACUGUCUCAAAGGUUUCCUUGUGUUCUGGUGAAUUCCAUGAAUUGUGCAUCCCACAAAUUCUAAUUAAUGUUAUUUAUAGUUAUUUAAACAUGGUCUCUGUAUAGAUUUCAGCGAGAUUCUCAUGUCUUUGCAGGAGAACUCUGUGUUUUGUUCUGUGCUUGCGACAGUUCAUUUGGGGGCAUUGAAUGUUCUCUUUACUAACCGCUCCUAGAGUCACCACAUGAAAACAGCCACGUGAUGGCUAUUGAUGCCACCAGGCUUGAAAUUCUCUAGAAAUAAAUAGAAAGAGCACCUUGGCAAGGGACGAAUUCCAAACCAAUUUCAAUCAACUCAAAAGUCCCUCGCACUAAAGAAAUGUGAUUUUUUUUUUUCACCCAAGAAGAGAGUUGAUUAUAGCCUUUUUUUCCCCCCACAAGAAUUAGUAGUCUGAUAGAAUAGGCUUUUCUACAGAAAUUUUUAACUGGCAGUGCCAGUUGUGAUGAAGGUGAAGUGGCUAUUGCUUUAUAUCCAACACAUAUUUAUUGAGCAACUACUAUGUGCUAGGCCUACUUCUAGGCCCUGCGGAUAGAGCAUUGAACAAAACCAAUAGUCUCGGCCCUCAAGAAGCUUUACACCGACAGAGUAUCCAGCUCGACAGUUAGCAAACCCCUGAUAUUCAUGGACUUACCAUGAGGUUUGGACUGUUAUGAACCACCCCAGAAGGUCCGUGACCCCUCCAGAUUUGCAUGUUUCUGUGGCCCAAAUUUGAAAACCGCAUGCUUGGAGCAUGCCACUUGGUCAGUAAUCCAAGCUCAUUGCCCAACCCAAGAGAUGACAAAAAUACUCCUAUCCCGUGCCCCCUCCAGUUCAUUGGUCAUGUCUGCCUUUAAGCGCCCCACCCCGCAACAGGUUUGCCAGGCGCCUCGCAGAAGAGUGCUGUGGUUGAUUAGCGUGUCUGCCUUGGGUGAGGGAAGGGGAACUUGGCCACGUUUUCCCAGUGCCUCCUCCUGUCACCUCCAGCGCAGCAUCCACGUCUCCGUGUGGAAGUGUUGUUUUUACUCCUUGCCACGUCCCAGAGUGAGAUGCUGGGGCAGAACGCCUACAUUCGGGGAUUUGCAACCGUCUGGCCUUUCUACCCCUCGCGAAGGUCAGAGGCGGACUCUCAGUACACAAAGGCUCAUGCAGAUCCCUCCCCACGCAUGAGCAGCAAGGACAGUCUUCCGUGGUCCUAGUCUGUGCCCCUUUCCCCCGGGAGGCUAGAAACGUUCCAUUUCCUGUUCCUUGCUAAUUACUAUCUGCGCAUGCUCCUCAUGUCCAGCCAUUUCCGAUGCCUCGGGCAAAGUUCGAGCCAUAUCCCUCUUACAGCUAGUGAAUGAAUUGGUAGCAGAUACUGUAUAUAAUAAUAAUAGUUCUAAUAAUAGGGGGUGGGGUGGGGUGUGGGUAAGUUUUUCUUUUUGUUUUGUUUUUCAUGCAAUAUAUAGCAAAAGGGGUGAGAAGAAUACUCUCAACAAACGAAAAAAUGAAUAAUUUAUUCACAGAAGCUAUUAAAAUUGUAUUGUAAAAGUCCCAGCCAGCUGAGUGGGCAGCAGCUGCCACAUCACACCGAGGAAAUGCUUUUAUUGAAUGUGAGUGAGGUGUGCACUGGAGAGGGUGGUUUCAGCCACUUCUAAAAUGUUGUGUCACUUCUUCCAAGCCCUGUCCCCUUUGUGAAGGGCACGGCAACUGUACCUUUGAUGGAUAGAGAUUUAGGCAAUGUGUUUUACCAAGGAGAAUGACAGACCUUGGCUGUCCCUGGAAUUGAGAGUCUGGACCCUAUUUCCACACAGGGGCCACUGUCCUCGGAAAUGGGGCUUCUGCUAAUGAAACAGGUUGUCCAGCAUUCCCUAAUACGCGCUCCACAGAACACAGGUUCUAGGGGAUGCCGCAUGGAUGUGAUGCAAAAUAAGGGUUUUGUGGUCCAAUAUCCUUAGCAAAGUGAAGUCAGUUUCCUUUCUGCAGGACUUUUCAGAGCCUUGAAUGCAUGCCGUGCAUUGUGAAUCCCCAAGAGCAUCGAGUCAGUAGCGUUUCCCAAACUACGUGAGCAGGAUACUCUAUUUUGCAGAUCAUCUCACAGAGCUAGGGUUCCACAGCAUCUAUUUGGGUUUAGUUGAUUUGCCACAUCUGAGGUCUUCAAGGAUAAAAACUAUUUCCCCAACCCCCUCCUCCAAAAAGCAGUCAAAACAGCACCACAGUCUCCAUCUGGUUUAUAGCAACAGAGGUACUUUAUCAAAUGAAUUCGACUUUUGCUUAAGUGCAAUGGGUCUAAUCCUGGAUACUAGCACAGGCAAUGAUUCCACCCCUCCCGAAGGGAGUGGAGGAAAGUCUCGGGUGGUGUGGACAGAAGGAAGGAAGGGAGGGGUGGGCACAAGGCCACAGAGUGGUCCCCCCCAAUCCUCAAGCCUUAGGUUGCUCAGUGUGAGCAGAGGGAGCCCAGCCCUCGAUGAGUGCUUCUUCAGUGCCACCGUCUGCAACUGCUCACUCUGUGCGUUUUUUGGUUUUUAAAUGGAAAUUCACGUAGAUGUCUUGAGUUUUGCGUUUCCGCCUCCAUCUUUGAUCGGUUGUGCGAGCUGGCUCGGUGCCGUGUGCAGAUCGCCUUCUCUUGUCUGUCUUCUCUCUCAAGUGAGAAAGAUUGUCCUUCGGGGACAACACAUCCACCUGGGUCUGCAACGAGGCACUCUUUCUCCUCGUGUCUUGUUUUGUGUUCACAUUUUAUUUUCUGAUGGCAUAAAAACUUCUUUAAAAAAAAUUGAUUCAACUGUUUUGCAGAAUGUAGAAAGUAUUCUGUGUCCUUGGUUAAAAAGAAUCCACGAGUGAAAAUGUGCCUGGACAACAAAUGUUUGUGUUUUUGCUUUUUGUUAAAGAAAACUCUUUGAAAACGCUUCCUAUUGCAUGCUCAGCUGGAGAAAAGUAAAGGCAGGUGUCCCAUCUCCCAGCCGCUUUUCAAAGGUGCUGCUGUGUUUUCAAAACCAGGUACAGUGAGGGUGGUAUUUACAAGGACACUCCUGCUUCACCUAUCCCUUUGGUUGGAAAACUAGAAUAUUAACCACAGGGUUUGAAUUCCUGCAGCUUCUCCAGAGUCCCCUCUGCCCUCCCAGCCGGUCUGGGAAGAAGGGCAGUUUGCUGACCCACCGUGUCUCAGGGGGACCUUCCUUCCUACCUGUUCACCAGGUGGACUUCACCCUCCUGCUUGUUCAGGAUCUGGAUGCUACAGGAGGGCGCUGGAAACUUCAGUUGGACCAGUCCUCCUGGUGACAAAGGCGUGGAAGCACAGAGAUCUAGUCCCUGCUGGUGGAAAGUUCCCAGAACAGAAGCAAGUCCCUAGCACACUUAGCUGGUGGGGUCUGGACCAGUGCUGAGGUACUGACUACAGAAGUCCCUGCUGUAACCUGGCAAGACGCCGAGGGACUCUGUUCCCGGUGGGCGGUGCUCAGAGCAUCUCUCUCAGCCCCAUCCUCCCUGACACACACACGCAAUCUAAGCCGCCCCACUCCUUGCAAUCGUGGUGACCAGAACCCCUUCCUUGCCCACCCUUAUGUCAGCAGGACUGACCCGAUCGCUGCCCCAAGCUGCCACAACCAGCCUUUCCUCCAGCCUUUUCCCAUCUCAACCAACUGCCCCCUCUGAACAGGCAAUAGACCUUCUACAGACAGCUUGACUCUUGGCCAUUGGCGGGAGAAUUUCGGUCCGUUACUCUUUGUCUGGUACAGAAGGGGCUGCCCGUACUGUUUUCUUGUAAGCGUGCUCAGUAAGGCAUAUGGACAUAUAAUUUAACAUCUUGGUGGAGUGUGAUUUUCUUUUUUUACAUAUUUGUAUGCAGCAGAGGGCUUGUCGUCGAAAACUCUCCCUGUAUCUUACUGUACCGUUCAAGAAAGCUGAAUUCCACAUUGCCAACAAAAGCGUGAAAUGUUCAUGAACCUUCCUCCAGGAAAAGCCAU